AUGCGCCAAAUCCAAGACCAAAACGAAUUGGUUUCGUUUGCCCCAUUCACGCUCAACGGAACGAAUAUCUCCAAAUGCUUCGGUUAUAUCUACCUAGGUCGGGAAAUCAAUAUGAUAAGCCUAAUCAAUAUGAAUCAAUAUGAUGACCUAGCUCCAGAGCUGAGUAGAAGGAAACGAGCGGCUUGGGGAGCUUUCAAGAGCAUCGAGGAUGUAAUGAGGAAAACAAAGAACACCCGACUCCGUGCCCACUUUUUCGACUCAACGGUACUUCAUGCCCUAACGUAUGCGUCAAAAACCUGGUCGCUGCGUAAGCAGGAUAAAAGGUCACUCAGCGUUAUCGAACGCGCAGUCGAAAGGACGGUGCUAGGAGUAUCCCAUUCCACACAAGUAAGAGAUGGGAUCCGAAGCUACGAUCUGCGUCAACGAUCAAAAAUCAAAGAUGCCGUUCUGUACACCAAAGAGUCGAAGAUAAGGUGUGCCGGACACGUAAUGCGUAUGAAUGACAACCGAUGGACAAGAUCCGUUAGUGACUGUAUUCCUCGGGAUGUCAAACGUACUGCAGGAAGGCCACCGACUCGAUGGUCAGAGUUCUUCACGAAAAGCCUAGAAAAAAGAUAUGAUGCUCAACAAGUCCCUAGAUGGAGCAGAACUCACUGGGCUACUCUUGCACGCGACAGGGAAAAAUGGAAGAUUUAUUGGCGCCCGCUCGAGUCGCUCGACGAUCAAUGGGACUACAGGUGA